GGACUGAAAAGCAAACAAAAGACACAAGGCAUCUUUUACAGCCUCCAAGAGAUCUUUGGUCUUUUUCAGUCGCUUCUCGUCGGUUUUGAAAGACGCUAUAUCAACAUCUUUGCACUUUUCCUAUUAAAAUAAUUUUUUAAAAUGACUGCUAUGAAAAUUGCUUCUAUUUGCUUGCUUUUAAUCUUUGGAGUAAGGAGUCAAAAUACAGAAUCUACUACAGUUCAAUCGACUACAGAUCGUGAAAUAUAUUCUUCUACUGAAAGCGUUUCGACCGAUGUAUUUAACAGCAGUUUAGAAACCACAGAAGAACCCGAGAAAACAAAUCAAACAGAUAUUGACACAAAUGGUGAUGUCAUACUUACAAGGGAUCCAGAAGAAGAAACAGAGAAUGAUCAUUUUUCUAAUAUUACUUCCACAUUGGUUGAAAGAAAUGCAACUGACACUACGACUGAAAUUCCUUCUACCACACUGAGGGAAAUCACUACUGUACAAACAACCUGGACAGCAUGUUCUUCUAGUCCGUGCAAAAAUGGCGGAUCAUGCAUUGAUGAUACUACUGAUUUGAGGUUAUACGACUGCAACUGUACUCUUGGAUAUACUGGUACUCAUUGUCAAGUUGUUGACAAUUGUUUAGCGGAUAAGAAUGGAAAUAUCUGUAACGAAGGCAUAUGCGUAUAUGAAAAAGGCGGGCUUUCAAGAUCAUGUAGUUGUUUCUUUGGAAUGUUUUGGGAUGAAGACAUGAAAAAAUGUAGAAAGGAAGAGCCACCUUGCUUUCCCAAUCCAUGCCACAAUGGAACUUGCAUCCCGGACGGUGAGGAUUUUCAAUGUUCCUGCAGGAGUGGAUACGAGGGUAAAACUUGCGAGAUUCAUAACAUGUGUGGAGAAGACGAUUAUUGCAAAAAUGGCGUGUGUAAAAAGGAUUCAGAAAGAAAAACGAAAUAUUGCGAAUGUCAUUCAGAUUUCUAUUGGGACGAAAACAAAGGAAAAUGUGAAGCAAUUGAACGUCCUUGUCUUCCAAAUCCUUGCAAAAAUGGUGGUACUUGUGAAUCAGUAUCUACUGAAGAAUUCAACUGCACAUGCGCUGAAGGCUACUUAGGUAAAACCUGUGAAAUUCAAAAUUUCUGUAUUGCAUCAGAAACGGAAGAAGAUAUGCAAUGCGAAAAUGGCGUCUGCAUUGAUUCUAAUCUUAGUAAAAUAUGCAAAUGUAACGAAGGAUAUUUUUGGGACCAAGAAAAUCAUAUGUGUAGAGGAAUCAUGGAGCCGUGUCUUCCUAAUCCUUGCUCGAAUGAUGGCAAGUGCACGCCGUUUUCCACGGAUUCUUUCAUUUGUAAUUGUUCCGAAGGAUAUUAUGGAUCUAAAUGCACUGAAAGAGAUUAUUGUUCUCUGAAAGGUGGCAACACUUUUUGCGGAAUUGAGAAUUGCAAGAACGAGCCAAGUUUAGAAAUCUAUUACUGUACCUGUGAAAAAGGGCAGUAUUUUGAUUAUGGAUUACGUACAUGUUUAGACAUCGAUUUCUGUCCACUUAUGGAAUGUAGCGAAAAUGAGGAAUGUAGAGAUAGCAUGUGCCAAUGUAAAGAAAACUACGAAAGAGAUAAUUCUACAGACGAUUGUGAACCCCAUUUUUGCUCUUCAAAUCCUUGUCCAAUCAGUGAUUUAACCUGCACUGAAGGCGAUGGUGCUGAUUCUUACCAGUGUGCAUGCAAAAAUGGAUAUGCAUUCGAUGGAAAGCACUGCAAAGCUGGAGCAACCUGCUUGUUUUCGGAUUUGAAUGCUUGUGAACAAAUUUGUAUGCCGGAGGAAGAUGGGUACACCUGCGACUGUGAAGAAGAUUUUCUACUGAACGAAGACAACAGAACUUGUGUAUACAUUGGUAACUUCACAAAUUGCUCUAACAAGACUUGUAAUGAUGGAACUUGUAUAAGAACAGAAGAAGGUGAAAAAUGUAUUUGUAGGCCUGGCUAUGAAGAAAGUGAGGGCAACUGCGUUGAUUUGUACAACAUCGGUCAUCUUCCAGAAGGUUAUUGUCCAGAUAACAAGUACGAAGCCACCGAUUCAGGGUUCAAGUGCAAAUGUGAGGGGAAAUAUAUUUAUUCUGAAGAUGGCAUUACGUGCAAAGUGAGGAAAAUGUGUGAUGAAGGUGAAAUCGGUUGGAAAACUUGUUCGAAAAGGCACGCUCUUUGCAUAGAGGAUUGGUCGACAGCGGAUGGUUUCACAUGCCAGUGUAUUGAGGGGCAGAUUGCAACUGAAGGAGGUUUCUGCCGAGAUAUCUGCAGCAUUGAAGAAAACCAAAGGCAGUGUUCCCUUUUAGGAGCAGAAUGCGAAGUGAAUGCGAAAGGAGAGAAGACAUGCAAAUGUCCACCCUAUUUUCUGCCAUUCGAAAACGGAAAAGCCUGUAACAAACCUGCCUCUUAUUCAUAUCUGUUGACACUUCCUCUGAAUCCUUCCUCGUACAAAGAAAAUGGAAGAAGUAAGCGAAGCACGGAUAUAAAGUUUGCUGAUGUUGAUUAUCACAGGGUUCAACGGGAUGUAAGAAAAGCGAUGGAAAAAUUAUUUCCUCAACUGCUAUAUUCGAAUGUUUUGAACUGCAGAGAAAACAGUGAUUAUAUAAAGUGCAAAGUCGAGUUGCAAUUUGUCUCAAUCACCGACGAAGAUCUGAAAAAGCUGCAACUUCCUGAAAUGUGUCAUGCAAGUGAAGAUAUCGCUUCUGCUUGUCUGGUUCCUCCAAGCUUAAUUCUACGAAAGGAGUAUCUUAAGACCGUUAUGUCGAUUCAAAGAACCAAUCCAUGCGAGGCUGACAUUAAAGAAAAUCUUUGCGGAUCAGAGACGUUUUGUACAAGCAAGCCUGAUGAAUCUAUAUUUAAAUGUCGUUGCGAAGCUGGCUUCUCGUUUAGGGGCAUACUGUUCCCGUUUGGAGACAGCGAAUCGUUUAUAGAAAACUGUAAAGAUAUUAACGAAUGUGCUACCGAGAAUCCUUGCCCAGACAACAUGGACUGCCAUAAUGCUUUGGGAAGCUAUACUUGCUCUUGUAAGGCAGGAUAUAGGGCAAAAGAUUCUUUGGAACCAGAAACAGGUGGUUGCGUGGAAAUCUGCAAUCCGAAUCCUUGUGUUCAUGGGGAUUGUAUGACGACUGGGGAUCACUCCUUUGAUUGCAAAUGUUCACCUGGUUAUAAUGGAUUAUUUUGUGAUUUACAAGACGAAAACUUCAAACGUGCCAAAACUAAUACUAUAAUUGUUGGUGCUGUUCUUGGCGGUUGUCUUUUGGUAGUCAUCAUAUUGAGUAUUGCCAAUAUUUCAAGGUUGAAGAAGAAGAAGAAAAUGUUAGAAAACGACCGCAUGCUUUACGGUACAGAAAUGACUGAGAGACGAGGAGGGGAAGCUGGGGCCGUCAACAAUGCUUAUCAGAGAGACUGAAGAUCGUUUCAUAAUUCUUCAUUCCAAUCUGUAUAGAAUUAUAUCAGACAUAUGUUUUACUUGUAUUAAAAUAUCAUUUUUUGAGUGUUCAAACGCGCGGAAAAAAUGAAAUAAUCUAGCUUGUUUCUAUUGUUUUUUAAUAUUUGUAUUUACUAUUAUAUAUUUGUUCCGAAGUCUUUUACUGCAAUUCAUAACAAAUACUUUUCAUGAAGAAGCAAGCAUCUUUCACUCAAGAUUACAUAUAUUUUGUAUUAAAACAUGAACAGCAAGAAAUUUAACAUAAAAUUUGGACUAGUUUUGAAAGACUAAUAUAGUUUGUUUCAUUGUGAUAAAGAAACAUGAAGACCCUUGAAAAUAUUUUUCAAAUUUAUGGUGCAAGAUUAUUAUCAAAAAUACUCCAAAUUAUACAAAAAGUUAUGAAAACAUUUAUAAAAACAAAGAAUAUACUCAUCUGAACCCUUUAGAGGGCCAUGAGAAGCAUGAUUCCCGCCAAAUCCAUCAAUCGUUGUAUGAAGUUAUGUAAGUUGGCAUAAGUUUUGACAAAUUUUUCAAUAAGGUAGAAACUUAGAGGCGUCAAUUCCUUAUCUCAUAUAAAAUGGUGUGUUUUGACUUGUUAUUUAAUUAUUAAUUAAUCAAAUUAAAUUUAUCUAACAAUUCAAAUGGAUAAUUUAUAAUUAAGCCAAUCUCAAUCCUAAAAAUAUUUUAAUAUGUCAUGACUAGAAAAAAAAUGGCAUUUUAAAGGGUUAAAGAGAAUAAUAUAAAGUUUUCAUUAAUCUAUUAAUAAUUGGAUUGUUAUAAUUUGUAAUCAAGAUUAUAGAUAUCAAUGUACAAAUCAUAAAAAUGGAAACGCUUAUAGGAAUACUUUUAACAUAUUUAAGUCACAUUUAUGAUAUAUUAUGAUUUAUGUUUC